GCACGGAGGAAGCCGGACACUCGCAGUCCGCCGCGCUCGGUGAAAUUGUAACGACGCGGUCGAACGAUUCUUUGUGAUGAUCGGAAUCUCGUUUCGAGAAUUCGUGAAGCAACGCUCGCUUUACUCGCAACGCGGGUUUCUGGGAAAACAUUAUUCACCGCGGUUUUAUCGGAGUGACUGACGUGUGCUUUGGAAAUUUCUUUCGAAGUGGAAAUUCGUGUUCCCUUGAGAUCUCCGGUGCUCGAAUCGAUUGAAGUGGCUCGAGAGGUAAUGGAAUGAUUAUCGAAGUUUUCAGGAUUAUUUGAUUUGUGAUUAAGUUCCGAUUGCUUCUGCUGUUUCGUGGUCUCGUGUAUUAGUUUGGGGAAAAUAACACAGUUAUAUAGUUUCGAACUGAAGAAUUUUGUGUUGAAGACGGUGGAAGAAGUUUGGUUAUCCUUUUAUUGAAACUUUGUGCUUCAAUUUUGAGUCCUGAAAAGUGUUUUAGCUCGACGGGAAUAAAAUGUGAGGAAUAUUUGAUUUUUAAUUGAAGAACGUUGGCGAGGAUAAUCGUAAAAAUUUAGUGGUUUUUGGUACUUGGCGCUUAAACUUUGAAGUGUGGAAAAUGUUUUAUGAAAUGCGUCUUUUUAUUUAGACUGUCAGUAAUUGCACGUAUUUCUGAGGGUCUUAUUUAACAGUGACCCCGUCAAUGACACCGUCACGCCUGACGCUGGAGAAAAACAAAGUGCCAUCAGCGACCCCAAGAAAGAAGAUCGGCGAGGGUAGCGUCGGCAACAUAGAAAGGGGGUAGGGACAGCGAAAGACGAAGCACCGACAAUAGCAAGAGAGAGCAAGAGGACUGGGAAGAGCAUAACAAAAAACGCAGUAUAUAACAGAGGUGGAAGGGGUAGCGCAGGAAAAAAGCAACGGCAACUGUAUAGACAAAGAGGGGUAGGAAGGGCGGCAGAAAAAAAUGCAACCCAGCGGAACAGAGAAGGAGAAUUAGCAAGAGCGAACGGAAAUAUGCAACCUAUCGAGACAGAGAAAGAGGGGUAGCAAGGGCGAGAGGGGAAAAGAGCGCCGGCAGCCGGACGGAGACAGAAAGACGCGGACAGGGGGUGGGAAAUCAUCUUCGUGGGACGAUAACAGCGAGCUUCAGCUAAGAGGAGGGUGACCGGAGCAGUUUGCGCGUGUCCGUGGCGCGGCUCGCGGCUCUGCGUGGUGCUGUUCGCCGCAGCCAACCGCGUGGAAGGUGGGUUGGCUGGCCAACCCCGCGGGUGUCGCGGGGAUUCCCCGUACGCGGCCACCGUAACACGAUCCAGUGUUGCUCGUCCACCUCGCCGCGGAGGUUCGCCGUGGACCACGCUGGGAAAAUGUGCGGCCGCCAGGUGCGUCCCCGACACGAAUGAUGAUACACGUGUCGUCGAAGAACGCACAGCGAUACGACCGGGUCAAACGUAAGGGUGUAGCGUUUCUCUCAAGCUUUUUUAAAUCAAAGAAGUUAACGUUAGGAAUGAAGAUCAACGAGGAGGAGGAAAUGGAACGUGCUCCGAAAGUCGAGACACCGGCGAUCAUCACGAACGCCUGCCGGCGCAGCGGUAGCGAAAAUGACAAUCAGGUAUCGAGAAUUCCGUCGACCUUGAGCGUGGCAGCCGUCGAUGUCGUCGUUGCCUGUCAGCCGUCCCCGUCGCACUCAGUUUUAACCUUGACGCCUGGCAGAACACGGAACAUCGAUCAGGAUAUGGAGGCACUUAGGCUGAGUCGACAGGAUAAUCCUUUUCUACAGGUGCUGGCGAGCCGCGAGAGCCUCGUGGAGUCCAUAGAAGAGUCCGAGUCCGACGACGCCAUACUAAUGUCUCAGGAAUUAGGUGACGCGGACCCGUUGACGCUUGCCCAAGUGCACGAGCACCUGGUGCGCAGCCCGCCGCCAGCUUCUUGGCCGCACACCACGACCUUCCACUUCCCGCAUCAGAACACGACGCCGAACGGGAGGAACGACGCGAUGGGGCACUGCAAAAGCCCGCUGAAGACGCCGCCGUACCGCGGCAACGAGCAGGAGAUCUCUCGAAGCGAGCCCACCACGGAUAUCAGAGAUCGCCACUCGCACACGUUCUCGCUGCUGCAUCCGACGCCGAUCCGCUCGCUGUCCGACGUCCGUCGGUUCCAUAGGUCGGCGGACGACAGCGUGCAGCUGAUGUCGAACGAGUAACGCCGCUGAAACGUGUUCCGGUCUGCGGGGCCGGGCUGAUGACGAUGGUUACUCGCGUUCCGAACAAAAGGGGGCCUCUUCGUGCUUUGUCGGCGCGACGGGUUCCCGAGGGGCGCGUGUCCGCUCGAAGAGGGACACUCGAACGCUUCUCGACGGGCUCCGCCGCGAUAUACAGGUCCGUGGAAUCGAUUUCCCGAGCCCGUCAGUCUCGAGAGGGACGAGAUCCGUCUGCCGCGACGUGGAAUCCACACGGGGCACGAUAUCAUCGAGCAGAUUCGCGCGAGCAAAUAAUAUUCGCGGCAGCGAACGUGAACCCGUGCCGAUAAGCGAUCCACCGUUCUCCCUUUUCGCGGAAAACCGCUAAAACGAUUCGAACCCGAGGCGUUCUCCCGCGCUUUCGCGGUCCCGGGGAUUCCCCGUUUCAUGGAAACGAGAUUAACACUUAGGGGAGAUGUCCCACUUUUCGCCUAGCAAGGAAUGGCCAUUCAUUCUGUUCAUUCGUUUCUUUUGCUAUUUAGCGAGUCUUCAACUUUGCGUUGUGUUAAUUUAGUUAUACAAUAUGUAUUUUAUCUAUUAUUUUCUUAUACCGCAGGUGAUCGGAUGGGGAUAUUUGUAAUACAACAUAUCCUUCUUGCUUUUGCAGAAUACAAGUUUUAUUCAGAUCUGCUGAAUGAGUUCGAUUGAAGUUAACGAAGGUUAUAGUUAUAGUUUUAUUGAGAGGAUUGCCUAAGUGUUAAUCUCGAUCGAGCGUGGUGGAUCGCUUAUUCACAAUUGACGCCGUCGUUGUUCGGCAAGGGUGAACUGUUCUUUUGCAUUUUUGGGUGAGUCGGUCCAUCGAGAGACUAUUGCUGUUCGGGGACUGUUGAAGGCGUGUUCCUUAAUGUUGAAUUUUUGAGGAUGAUUUGUUUCGCGCGUGGUUUAGCGUGCGGCUGCGAAUUUCUGGAGCAUUGCGAGCAUAGUCAAUAUCCACGCGAGGUCGGGAAAGUUGAUUUGUUAUGAGAACUGUCCUGUGUCAACUGGUUCGUCUCGCGUGGCAGUCUGAUGAGACUAUUCGUCGGAGCAAGGAAUUAACGAUGAUUAUUGUUUGAGGAAUUAAUUGAAUCUCUGUUUUCAUCGAGCGACAUUUGCCAAGAUAACAUUGCGCAUUGUUUUGUACGGUUGACGGUUUCUCUGCACGCGCGUUGCGUAUUCGACGAAGGAUGAGAGUGCCGACAAGAUGGCCGCCAUUAAGCGAAACGGGAUUCGGUUUAGCUGUUCAUCGACUUCAGUUCUACGGAGUUUCCUCUAAAUCGGGAAGUUUGUACUGCCGAGGUAUUGAAAUAUUCUCGAUUGACGAUUUUAAAUGAAUUUCUUGAGCUCUCUCGUUGACUUUUCCCUUGCGAUCGCUGGGAGAACUAUGUAAAUUCGCUUGCUCAACGAGCGAGCUUCAAGACUAACAGAAUAUAAAGGGAAAAGUUGAUAAACACGAAGGUUUUUAGUUUACAGCAACAAAUGGAUCGUUUAUGUAUUUACUCAAACUGUGUUUUACGAGAAGCUGAAUUUACAUGACACGUAUACAAUUUGUAUAAUAAUUCCUCGUUUUAAAUUCUCUUAGGCUUGAUCCACAAACAAGUUCACAGUUCAAUCACGCUUCGACUACGUGUUCUCCAAUUGUUUAAGAGGAACAUGUCCAUGAUAUAAGAAUUCUAAUAUCAGUGAAUUAUUCAAUCGAACGAAACUUUAGUUUCACCGUAAAGAUUCACUAUAAACAAUACGAAACCUUGGAAUUUUGUGAAAGAAUAUUUGAUCAGACCAAUAACGAAGUGCGAUCAAAUUGACUUGCGAGCGUGGAUCAAGCUUUAGAAUCUUAUAACGAUUUUCACAAUAAGGAAUUCGUAUGAUUUGCGACGAUACGCUGGCUAGUCGGUGAACGAAAGUAAUUAUUAUAAAUUGUAUCGUACGGUAAUCAUUCUUUUUCGUACUUUUCGGUGUAAUUCAAAGCUUGCUUCAUCCGUAAAAAAAUCGCCCGACACGGUUGCUAGCCGAGCCUAUCAUUAACGCAAUAAUUACCGACCCACACACAACCGUGCGGGCGAACAGGCCUACACGAAUGCGAUUGGCGAUUGAUUUUAUCGUCAGUUAGAUCGAAAACGCGCGACAACCUCUGGAUCCCCGCCGAGUAAUUAACGGAAAGUCUUGAGCGCGUGUUAUCAGUCAAUUCGUGAAUACAAAUAAGCGUGGUCGAUUUUUAACGAGGCUCGCCCACGAAAAGUACUAAGGACAUUGGAGCAAACGAGGUGGUGCUGUGUACUUCUCGCAAUAAUUACACUAGCCAUCAGCGUUUCAUUAGUUACGACAGCUGGUAAAUUAUCCCUGCGUUGCAACGUGUUUUCUCGUUUUGUAAACUGUCGUUUGUUGCCUUCCGACUCGUUUGGCAAACUAUCGCCGAAGAUAAUUACUGAAAUUACGCACCUCCACAGACUUUGAGAUGAAACACGUUGUACCAAUCUGUGUCACGCGCAUAGAUUUAUGAUCCGUCGGGAAUUACAGGCUCGCGAAUUAACAUUUAGACCACUGUAUCGCUUGCACGAGUGCAGACUCGAAUCUACGACGAAGACGAAACUGUUACCAAUGAUCGAAAUGCAGUGGUAUUUACAGAAAACUAAAGAACUUUUGCUGAAAUGUCAAAUGUUUUCUAUACUUCUCACUUUGUCGAUACGGCGGUCUAAAUGUUAAGACCUUCAGCCUAGUGGAUCAAUCGUUGAAAUUGUUCCCAUGAUUACGUGAAUCGUGGGACAGCGAAUGUCUUGAAGAUGUGUUCCAUUAACAAUUUCUCUAUCGUACUUUACGCAGUCGUUGAUUAUUUCAAUAUAACAACAACCACUUUGUACCUGCAGUUGUUAUAGUUCGAUACGUUCACUGUACUAAGUAAAAUGGCAGGCGCUGGAUGCAUCCGGGUUAAUACCGAACUACUAAACAACUAGUACGGUUGUUGUUAUCGUUAUUAUCGAGUAUUUAUUUUCUAUAAAUAGCGCACAAUUGUUCGAUACUAUAGGCUAUUUCGAUUCCUCUUUCACAACGAUUCCGUUCUAGCUGUUAAUCAUUUACCGAACGUAGUUAGCGAAUGUUUCCUAUUUAUAGAUCGGAAAAUACGAACUGUUUUCAGAGAUUAUAGUUGAACUAUGAAUUAUUGUAACGAAGGGGAGUGUUAAACCAGACAUUGAUUCCAGUUACCCUCGUCGUUCGUUCUCGAACGAGAAAGAAUUACUGAAAUAAACACUGAAUUUUCCAUUCAUAAUUGGCUGUCGGGUGAGAGCUGCGUCCAAUAGGAAUUUGUUCCCAACGUUCCGCCAUUAUUGCGGCUGGCUUCAUCAGGAGUUCAGCCGUUUGAGUCCCAAGCGGCGCGAUGGCGCUUCUCCGUUACACUGCCUAAAAGUCUAUCAGUUCGUAGAAUCAGAUGAAGCUUAUUUAUUUCUUUCCCUUCUAAUUAUUCAUUCUUAUUUUUGUUACUAUCCGCCUAAGACUGGAAAAAUGUAACGAUCGCGCUGUUUAAAAUUUGUUUUUGUAAAAAUAGAAAAGCGUCAUUCAGUUUCUAAGGUUUUGUAUGUUCCGAAGAAUCUUCGUCCGCAGAGUUAAUUGGUCAACUAAACAAUACAACCUUCUGAGGCACACACCAGUCUCAGUGUGUCUUUAACACUAUUUCUACCAAAGUUGUCAAAUGGCACCGGAAAUUUAAUCUUAAAAUUAUUUUCCGAGUACAGUCGUACAUUCUGAAUUGACUCUUCUUUUCCAAUAACGAUUAUAACAUUAACUACAGGAAAUGUGGAAAAUUCAAUUGAGGACAAAUCGUUAAACUGAGAAAAUAAUUUUAAGUUCAAAUUUCAUAAGGUGUCUCUUAACACCUUCGGUAGAAAGAACGUUAAACCCCUGAUGACUGCAGCUGCGAUGAUGACGAAAUAUUGGCAACAAAUUCCUAUUUGUUCAUGUCUCAUCCGAAAGCCAGUUAUGAAUGUAAUAUUCCAGGCCGUGAAAGCAUUAAAGCCACUAUACUGAAUUUUAUUGUAAUCGUGACAGUGACUCUUUAAAAGACAGGCCUGACUACGAUGAGGCGUUAGCGUAAUCGUAGAUUAAGAGGUUUUUUUAACGAACACCGAGCGAAGGCGUGUUCCGCGGAUGAUUACUUUGCGUCGGUCGAGUACGUUCUCAGAGUCGAAAGUAUUUUUUUAAGGUUCCAGCACAAUUUCACGCGGACGAACCGCGAAUUCGGUUUUCAACGCACAUCACUUGUACGUAUACCGCGUUUUGUUAUAUACCCGACGACAGUCUGGGCAAUUUUAAAUAACCAUACGCAUCCUGUGCGCGCUUGUCGCCAUAUGAUGCGGAGGAACGCAGGAAUUUCUAAUUGAAUGACGAGAAUUUAAAGGAGGAAGAUGUUUCAUUCGCGCCGAGUGAAUAAAAGUGAAUUAAAGUGGAUCAUUCGAAGCUCGAUUCACUUGUCGGCCGAAUUGCCGUCGACUAGUCCGAUCGACGGAAUUUUAGCAGGGUUUAUACGAAACAUUCAAAAUAGUAGCACGUAAGAGGAAAAAAACAAUCUAGAAAAUGAAUAUUACUAUUAACGCUAUAGAGUGUCGAUCGACUUGGCCAUUGAGAAUUGAAGUUAUUUGUAACAUGUGCGAUACCAUUUAGAUACCGUUAAUGGCGCGUUAGAGGCU